GUAGAGAUAUAAUAAUAACAAGAGAUGGAACACAAUGAUGUAACACAAAUAUAUUCAAUCAAAACCAACCCAACACAGCAUAUUCAGUAAUUGCUCUCUUUGUCACGCUGUGUGCUUUUUUUUCAUUAAGCAAAAUGGCCACGAAUAAUUAGGACUAAUUUGUGUUUUCCAAAUCUUGCUACGGCCUACACCAUUACCCAGUGGCAUCCGGCAUGAUCUUUAAUUUACAUCAGUUCAGGAGGUCAUCAUGACAUGAGGAAUAUAUUUGCAUGUAGGAAUUCCAAUUAUUCUAUAAGAUGCUUUGCAGACGUUGCUUUUCCUCACAAUCGUUUGGAUUUCAGUCAGCCUCGUCUCCUUCCUCCAAAUCAACAACAAUGGUUCUGUUCAUAAAUACUUUAAAAUUCUACGGCAUGGCCAUCUUGCUUUUCUUUGGAGUGCUGUGGAACAUCUUCAACCUGGUGGCCACUGUGGUCCAGCACGGGAACUCCAGGGGCCUCCAGACAGCGAGUCUCGCCAUCCUAUUCAUCUCCCUCAGCAACGUGCUACUCUUCCUCUCUACGUUCGGCAUCAUCGUGAUGAUGUUGAUGGGUGUGCUUUGCUGGCAGGAACUGCCGAUGUUCUUCUGUGUGGUCCUGUAUGUGUGGCUGGCCAGCAGCAGCGUGAGUUUCUGGUCCAUCGCUUGGCUGAGCGUGUUCUACUGCAUGAAGGUCGUCAGCUUCUCCUCUGCUCUACUCGGGACGAUCAAGAACAACAUCUCGACCGUCAUCAAUGCCACUCUCGUUUUGACGGUCGUGAGCUCCUGUGUGAUGUUCGCACCCGUGCUCUCCCUGACCUACCGCAACGAAACCAGCAUUACCUCUCUCGCGGAGAACGUAACUUGUGUGAUAAGGAAACCGUUAUUCCCUUCCUGGAUGAACAUGAAUCUCUACGUGCUGGUGUUUGUCUGCUAUCUCGCUCUGUUCCCUGUGAUGGUCAUGCUACCGACCUCUCUCAGGAUGGUGGUUCAUCUCUGCAAGCACACUAUGUCCAUGAGGAAAAACCAGAAUGAGUUCCAGAGUGCAGAUUCCUACCUCCUCGUGUGCAGGCUCACUGUGGCCCUGGUUGGGGUGUACAUUGUCACUUUGUCUUUUAUAUGCCUUUUUUUCUUAUAUUCACUGUUUGUCUCUCAGCUCUCAGCAGACUAUUUGUUUAUGGGUUACUCUUUCUAUUGCAGUGCAACUGCAGUUCUGUUGACCAUCUCCAACAAGUCCCUAAGGGAGAAACUGUGUCUUCUGUUUUGUUGUGAGAAACCGUUGGUACGGAGUCGAGAUGAAAAGAGCAGAGAAACUGGAGCGGCGUAA